AUGCCUCCCGCAACUGCUGCAGCUGCGAAGAAGCAGCCCUUGACCUUGGAUCAAAUUUCAAAAUAUGACGAUAUUUUGACCGAUUGCUUAGUAGAUCAGACGUUCUUUCAUUCCACCAUCCCUAAGAACCGUACCACGUAUCACCCUUCGAGAGGACUCCGGGAAGAAGAAAUUACCAAGGUCAUUCAGCAGCACCUGAUAGUCGAGCCAAAUUUGGAUCUUGCUGCCUCGAAACUGCUUGCCAUCACUGGUCUGCGCAAGUUUCAUGAUGCGCUCAAGACAGACAAGGAGAAGGACGAUUUCCGCAAGCAUCUGCGUCGCUAUGCACAGAUAUACUUGCCCGAUUGCCCUUUCGAAGUCAGCACAACGAACCGAUAUACGAUUGUGACCUACGAAGCCGCUGUGACUGCGCGCCGCUUCAUCAAGAGGGGAGACCCGAUCAAGUAUCUUUCAGGCAUUCAGGUCUUGAUCACCGCCAAGGAGGAGGAGGAGAUGACCAAGCGCAAGAAAGACUUCAGCAUCGUCGUCAGCUCAAGGAACAAAUGCGCCAGCCUGUUCAUGGGACCCGCGCGCUUUGCCAAUCACGAUUGCGAUGCCAAUGCUCGACUUGUGAUCACCAGUCAAUCGACUAUUGAGAUAUUUGCAACCAAGAACAUCGAGAUCGGCGACGAAAUCACCGUUACAUACGGAGAGAACUAUUUCGGAGAGGACAAUCGCGAGUGCUUGUGUCAUUCAUGUGAGAACAGCUUGUCCAAUGGUUGGGCUCAACCCGAAGGCGAAGGGCUCCAAGCCGGCUUGGUACAAAAGAGCAUCGAGGAGCCUGCGGACGAAGGCUAUCGACUGCGUCGACGGAGGAGAGACGAUAGUAGUGCUCGGUCGUCCCGGAGCCAAUCCAGAACGCCAGACAUUCGACCGAGAGUGGCGCGCUCCAGAACCAACAUGCUCAGAACGGGAUCAAGCCGAACUUCCAUGACUGGCUCGCCUGCCCCUGAGGCUUUGCUGCGACAAAAGAGAAAGCGCGAGAUGGAGAUGCUUUCAUCACCCCCCGCCACGCCAGCUAAGAGGCAGAAGUCAGAUCAGGUUAAUGACACCCCCGUUCCAGCACCCGAUCAGAUUGUACGAAGGAAUAGUGAGGGAUCAGUAUCUCUCACCGAUUCAAUCAUGUCAGCGUCUGAUUCUGGUUCUGGCGAAUUGACUGAUGUGACGACACCUGAAGAGGAUACGAAAGAAGCAGAGUUCUCUCUUCAAUCACCAAACCCAACACCAAAGAAGACGGAACUCAAGAUCGAGGGCUCAGGCUCCAUGUUGUCGAUAUUUGGAGCCGGCGCAUUUGGUGCUUCAAGACAACCUACUAUUGCAAACCUCAUACACAGCGAUGAGAGCGUAUCUGCCACGGGCAUUCCGGCCGCCAACAUUCCGAAUGCAAGCGCUGAGGUCAAUAUCAUUCAUCCUGAAGAUCUGAAAUUGAUGGUGAUCCCUCCGCCCCUCACACCGGCAUCUAAGCCGGCUGAGCAAAUUUCUUCGACGCCAGGAGCAGCUGUCAAGAUCCCUGCCCCUUCCAAGCACAAGUCAGCGAAGACAGAACUAUGCGGAUCACCAGAACCCACCUCAGAUGAUGAAAUGGAUGAGAGAGAAGCUCGGGAACCUGGCGACUAUACACUUACUCCUCUGUUGUUAGCAGAGCCUAACUCUGCGUGGAUUGGCUGUAGAGUCUGCGAGGACUACUUUGUACAGCAAGAUGCUUACUUCACCCGCGCUUAUUGUCCGCGAUGUGAGCGACAUUCUAAACUGUACGGCUACCAAUGGCCAAAGACACAAAGGGAGGGCAAGCACGAUAAGGAGGAGCGAAUCAUGGAUCAUCGUGAGAUUCAUCGAUUUUUAGAUUCUCGAGAUGAAGCACGGGUCAGAGGCCGCAAG